CACGAGAAAAGGAAAAAUAAAUCCUUUCCUCCUCCUCAUAUGGGCGUCCUUGUCCAGGCCCCUAACCUCGCCGGCGCUCGGCGCCCGACCGCCCGCGUCCUGCGGAGCGACCGCGGCGGGCGGUUCAAGGUCACCGCCGUGGCGUCCGCUGGCUCUGUGAAGGAGGAGGAGAAGGGGACCGGGAAGAAGGAGAAUAUAGUGAUUAGAGUCUUGGACCCUGUGCGGGAGAGGAGGCUGCCGCCGCCUCUGUUCUCGGCGCCAGAGACUACGGCAGAGUCCCUGGCGGCGAUUCGGCGUCCGGAAGAGGAUGGGGAAGAAAGGCGGAGGUACUACGUGAACAUGGGGUACGCCAUCCGGACGCUGCGGGAGGAGCUCCCUGACGUAUUCUGCGAGGAACCCAGCCUUGACAUUUACAGAGAAGAUAUUGUCUUCAAAGAUCCUCUCAGUAAAUUCGUGGGUAUUGAUAGCUAUAAAAGGAUAUUCUGGGCGCUGCGCUUUACCGGCCAGAUUUUCUUCAAGGCCUUGUGGAUUGACAUUGCUACUAUAUGGCAACCAGUCGACAAUGUAAUUAUGGUCCGGUGGAUUGUUCAUGGCAUCCCUAGAUUCGUAGAGGAUGGUCAUAGUCGCUUUGAUGGCACGUCAGAGUAUAAGUUGGAUAAGAAUGGUAAGAUUUACCAGCAUAAGGUGGACAAUGUUGCCACGAAUUCACGAAAGAAGUUCAAGAUUUUGCCUGUCGAAGAGCUCCUCAGAUCACUCGGGUGCCCAUCCACUCCAAAACCAACUUACUUCAAGAUAAUCUCACUCAUGCCGUUUUGGUUGGGAUGGACAUGGAUGAGACAAUAACUGUUGUCAGACCUUAUGCUGGCAAAUUGAGCGAAAUGCUGAUGUUUCCAACCCGAUACCCCCUAAGUUUGCCUUUCUGCUUUUCGGCUGUAUACCUACUUACCACUGAGCAGUGGCCUCGUUAUAACCGCUGUAUUUGUGUACAGCUGUAAGUUUUGAUUCAAAGAACACAGUUGUAGAUGUUCCUCCUUAUUUUGUUGUUGUUGAGGGAUAUAUGUUCCUCGUUUGAGAUACGGAAAGCUGUAUGGAAAGCUGUAUUUGACUUUGCGUGUUGACUUGACAGACCAGCAAGGAUAUAUGUUCAUGUGUUUGUGUCUU